AUAAUUAUGUUGCUGGUUUGGUACGGUGGUAAACAGAGUUGAAAGCAGCAGACAUGAGCAUGGGGCUGCCAUCUCCUCAAACAAACCCGGGCGGCGAUGAGUCGGAAUGCAUCGUCCGCGAGCAGGACCGAUUCAUGCCGAUAGCGAACGUGAUCAGGAUCAUGCGCAAGAUCCUCCCUCCGCACGCCAAAAUAUCCGACGACGCCAAGGAGACCAUCCAGGAAUGCGUGUCCGAGUACAUCAGCUUCAUCACCAGCGAGGCCAACGAUCGCUGCCAGCGCGAGCAGCGCAAGACUAUCACCGCUGAGGACGUCCUCUGGGCCAUGAGCAAGCUCGGCUUCGAUGACUACAUCGAGCCCCUCACCGUCUACCUGCACCGCUACCGUGAGUUCGAUGGCGGGGAGCGCGGCUCUUUGAGAGGGGAGCCUCUCGUGAAGAGGAUGGUGGAUCACAACUCCAUGGGAUUCCAUGCCUUUCCUCCGCCUGCUUUCCACCACAUUCCCCACCACCAUGCCUUCUUCGGAGCUGCGCCUAUGAAUUUCUUCAAGGACACGCCUAAUGCCGGCCCAUCGCAGGCUGCGGUCGCCUGCAUUGAUCCUUUCCCUCAGCUUAAGGACCAAUUGUAGGGUUGCACUGCAAUCACUCCAAAUCACUUUCUAAUGUUGUUUUAGGACAGUAACUUGGACAACUUAACUGCCCCUUCUGUGUUGCAAUUUUCCAAACAAUUCGCUGCUCCUGUUCUACUACUUUGCUUUUGUUAA